AUGCAGAUUGGGAGCAGCAGGCAUGAGUUGUCUGGGUUUGGAUUAAUUCAGGUUAGGCUUAUUGAGAUGGUUCGGAAAAGGGUGGUUCGAGAACUUGAUUCAUCCAGUUCGGGAGGUUCUGAAACUGAUUCUUCAGAGGAUGUGCAGUGUUCUCAAUUGCCUUAUAUGGAUUAUGAUUCCUGUGAAUAUCUUUCAAAUUCUCAGCUUGUUGGAGAAGAUGAUUCCUCUAGUGACAAUUCAAGUUUGGACCAUCAUUUGUAUGAGAAAUGUAUAAAAGAUUUGCAGAAAAUGAAGAAUAUGAAGAGAAAGCUUGAGAUGGCAAUGAAGCAUAAGUCUAAAAAGAAGAAAGUUGUGAAGAAGAGUAAUGAUGGUUUCACCAGAUUUUCUCCGACUGCAUUCAUGAAUGUGAUAUCUUCUCUUUCCCCUGAAAAGAAGGCUGUUAUUGAUGGCUAUGGUUUUGGUUCUUUGUUGAUGUUCAAUAAGUGUUUUGUGCCUAAUAAGUUUGCUACCUGGGUUGCACGUUUAGUUGAUUCCAAGUCUGGUGAUAUUAUUCGCAAUGGAAAGGUUAUUUCACUAUCUGAGGAGUCUGUUCAUUUCGUUCUUGAUCUUCCUUUGGGUACCAGAGCAUUUCCAUCUGAUUCAAGUAUUGGCAAGGAUAUUGUUUUAUCCAAGUUUGGAAAGGAUAGGAUCCCUCCUGUGUCCUUUUUUGCUGAUAAGUUGAUCAGUAAUGAACAAUUAUCUAAUGAAGACAUGUUGAUAUGUUUCUUGGUAGUUGCUUUGAGUAGUUUUUUAUGCCCAAAUACCAAUAUUGUUCCUAGCCCCAAGUAUUUUGGUGUUUUCGAAGAUAUUGAUCACAUCAAGGAUUUCAAGUGGUGUGCUUUUGUGUUGGAAUGGUUGCUGGAUCAUAUAAAGGCAUUCAAUAGGGGAAAGAGUGAUAAGCUGAAACGUUGUCAGGGUCUUGGUGGUUGCUUAUACUACCUUGUGGUUGUUUAUUUGGAUCACAUUGACUUUCGUCAACGUCAAGUUGCAGACUUUAUUCCUCGAAUCUCUGUAUGGAAGCAAGAUAUGAUUCAGUUUUAUUGUAGUCUUGAUCUUAAAUCUCCUGGUGUUUAUGGUUACAGACCAUUGCUUGAAUUUGAGAAAACUUGCUACUACAAGGCUGUUCGUCUUAAUUCAGUUGGUUGUGCUGAUGAUCUUGACUCUGAGUUUUGCGCCAAGAUGGAAAGUGUUUCUGGCUGUAAACUUCCUUUUAGUUUGAAGUUAAAAAUAUCAAAGCUGAUUGAUGAGCAUUGCUUUAAUUGUGGUUUAUCUGUGAACAUGGAUAUCAAUUCUCUUGGAAAUGUUUCAAAAGAAUUUCAAGAUAUGUUUGCAAAGAUGUUCCGUCAUAUUUGUAAAACUGAUGUUAGAACAAAGGAUCUUGUUCUUGAGAUUAUGAAGGCUAUUGCUGAAACUGAUCCUUCUGUUGAUGAUGGUGCUGGUUCUUAUGCUGCUGCGGUGCCUCCCAAUGUUGCUGAUUCUAUUUCUGAUGGUGCUCCAGAAGAACCUAAUGUUGUUGCUCCUAAGGUACCUGUGAAUGCUUUUGUUCCAUCUUCAUCAAGAUCAACUCAAAAGAAUGUUGGGUUCUCUGGUACUGAUAAUGUUAUCGAUGUUGAGUUGGAUGAGACUAUGCGUAACCUACGAAAGAGUAGCUCAGAUGUUCUAAGUCAAAAGUUCAAGUCUAAGCCUGGUGUUACGAAUGUUGCUGUUGACAACCCAUUGUGUGAUAUUACUAAUGUUCGUUCUCGUUUUGGUUCUCGUGGCAAAUCUUCUGAUUUAGAUAAAGAUGUGAUUUAUCUUGACAAUGAUAAUGUUAUUGUACCUGAUUCUGUUUCUCCAAGUCCUUUUCGUCAUCGUUCUAGACUUGCAUAUUCUAAGGUAUUUUGCAUGGAUCUCAGAAUACCAAAGAUGAGGAUGUUGUGUUGA